UCUAUUCUAGCCGUUGUAAAUGAACUGUUUUCACAAGCAUCCUACCCGUUUCUCAUGGCGCCAAAACGCACACUUUCUUCUGCAUCUAAAACUUCGCCUAAAAUAUUAUUCAACUCAAAUGUCGCAGGCAUCGAUUCUCCAAAAGAUUAGAGAUGUAAAGCCUCUGCAUCAAGCCCAUGGUCAUAUAAUCGUGUCAAAUCUCUCUGAAAAUGUUUUCCUAUGCAACAGGUUGAUGAAUGCAUAUGCUUCUUGCGGACUUGUAUCGAAAGCCCAGAUUAUAUUUUCUCAAAUUCCGAACAAAAAUUUGGUGUCUUGGACGAUUUUGCUAUCUGGUCUCACGAAAAAUGGCCGUUUCUUCGAAGCUGUUGAGGUGUUUUAUGGGAUGAUGGUUCUACAAAUUAGGCCGAAUGAGAUAACAAUAGCAAGUGUUUUGCCCGCAUUCGGAAAAUUAGGGAGGGUUUUGUUGGGGAAAUCUGUGCAUUGUUACUGGAUAAGAUGCAAUUUCGGUGAUAAUGUGUUUGUGGAAACAGGUUUAAUUGAUAUGUAUUCAAAAUUUGGGUGCAUGAGAAUUGCGAGGAAUGUGUUUGACAAUAUGUCUGUGAGAAAUGUGGUCUCGUGGAAUGCAAUCAUUUCAGGCUACUCAGAUAAUGGAUAUGGAGAGGAAGCGUUGCGGAUGUUCAAUUUGAUGAAGAGGAAAGGGAUGUCUGGUGAUAUUUUUACUGUGAUGAGCUUGAUCAGUUUAGAGGAUUUCAGAGUAGGAAGUGGAAUCCACGGCUUAAUAGUUCGAAGUGGAUAUGAGAAUGAUCCACUAAUUAGAACUGCUUUGAUGGGAUUGUAUAUAAAUGGAAACUUUGUGAAUGAUGCUUAUCGUAUAUUUGAGGAGAUCAAUAAGAAGGACUUGGUUGCUUGGACUUCGAUGUUGAGAGGGUUUUCGAGGAGUGGCAAUUGGCGAAGGACCAUUGAACAUUUCAACAAGAUGAUGGGAGAAAACAUGAUAGAUUAUGUUUCUCUUAUAACUAUGCUUUCGGGUUGCAGCUGUUCUGGAGCUUUGCAGCAGGGUAGGCGAAUGCACGCCCUGGUGUUGAAAACUGGUUUUCAAGAUGAUCUUUUUGUUGGUUCAGCUGUAAUAGAUAUGUAUGCUAACUGUGCAAGUAUGAUAGAUGCAAAAAGAUACUUUGGAGGUAUGGUAGAGAGAGAUGCAGCAUGUUGGAACGCGCUGAUAUCUGGUUAUGGCAUGAUUGGUUGUGGGAAUGAAGCCAUAGUCACAUUCUUAAAGAUGAAGGAUUCGGGCCUAAGCCCAGAUGAGUCGACAUUGGUAUCAGUCCUGUGUGCUUGUAGUCAUGCUGGCCUGGUCGAGCAAGGGCUCCGAAUCUUUGAUCAAAUGACUAAAGUUUGGAACUUGAUUCCUAAUUUGAAGCACUAUGCCUGUGUUGUAGACCUUCUUGGCCGUUCUGGGCGAAUAUAUGAUGCUUACUUGCUCACGAAGAGGAUGCAUCUGCAACCGGGGCUUGAGAUAUACAGUUCUCUGCUUACUGCUUGUAAAAUCCACAGGAACUUUGAGCUGGGAGAUGAGAUCUCUCGAGAACUUAUUGAGUUGAAACCUAAUGAUGCAGGGCACUAUAUAUUGCUCUCAAACAUGCAUGCUUUGGCUGGAAAUUGGGAUUGUGCUAGAAUGAGUAGAAUAUCUUUGAAAUCGAGCAACUUGAAGAAGAACCCUGGCCUUAGUUCUAUGGAAAUAAAUGGAGAAAUGUUCACAUUCAUGGCAAGCCAGACAGACCAUCCUCACUACCUAGAGAUUAGGGACUUCCUUAAAGGCUUGAUUUUGAAGAUAAAAGCUGCAGGGUAUGAGCCUGAUACCGACUCUGUGCUCCUAGAUGUGUCGGAUGAUGUGAAGAGAGAUAUUCUGUUUCACCACAGCGAGAAGCUGGCUAUUGCUUUUGGACUGAUGAGGACUAAGCCGGGAGCAGUAGUUCGGAUCACAAAAAAUCUAAGGAUUUGCGAUGAUUGCCACUUAGCUAGUAAGUUUGUCUCCAAAGCCUAUGCACGAGUUCUGGUUAUAAAGGAUGCCAAACGCUUUCAUAUUUUCCGUGAUGGCGUGUGCUCUUGCAGAGACUGGUGGUGAUUUUUGUUUUAGGCUGUGUAUAUACGAUACAACAUUUUUACUUCUUUUCAAUAUAUAAAAUUUGCUUGUUAGUAUCUUCA